GCAUGAAGGAGGGGGAAAUAAAAAAAAAAUUGCACCUAAAUAUACAUUUUUCCUCUCCUAAACAGGGCGGGACCGCAGCGUGUCGUCACGAGGAGUGUGCAUACUGACACUUCCGCAGCUGCGGCUCUGAUACGGCACAGAGAGGGUGAGGGUGGCAGUGCCCCUGGAUACCAGGCAUCCCAGGAACCGCGGUCAAGGACUUCCACCACUUGUCCAUAUACCCCUUCAGAAGAAAAAGUUUGAGAAGCCCUGAUUUAGAGGACCAGCAUACUCCAUCUUCUGUUCAUUUUAGAGUUUACAGUCCUUCAUAUUCAAUGGCAGGGGAACCAGUGAACAGGAAGCUGAAAUGAAUUCAGAAGUAAUACUUGAAGAAACGCUCAUUAAAAGAUCACAGCAGAAGAAGAGGACAUCUCCCUUAAACUACAAGGAAAGAAUUUUUGUACUAACAAAGUCGAAACUUACCUAUUAUGAAGGACGCGCUGAGAAAAGAAACAAAAAAGGAUCAGUCGACAUUACAAAAAUAAAGUGUGUAGAAGUUGUAAAGAGUGAUAUAGACCAAGUUCCUUGUCAAAAUAAAUAUGCAUUUCAGGUUGUCUAUGAUACAAACACUUUGUAUGUCUUUGCACCUACUACUUACAGUCGGGCCCAAUGGGUGAAGAACCUGAAAAAAGCAAUUAAGAACAACAACCAGACUUUGUCCAAGUACCAUCCUCAGUUUUGGGCAGAUGGUGUGUAUCAGUGCUGCAGGCAAACAGAAAAAUUGGCUCCGGGAUGUGAGGAAUAUAAUCUUUUUGAUGAGUACCCAAGGAAACCUCCACCUCCUAUUCCAGAUGAGAUAGGUCCUCCACUUCCACAACCUCCAGAAGAGGAUCGAGUGGUUGGUUAUGGAAGCAAAGAGGAAAUAGUGAUUGCGCUGUUUGAAUUCCAUCCAAUGGAGACACACGAUCUUCGUUUGGUUGCAAUGGAAGAAUAUGUGAUUUUGGAAAAAAAGGAUGUGCACUGGUGGAAAGCAAGAGAUAAGUAUGGGAAAGAAGGUUAUAUUCCUAGCAACUAUGUGACAGAAAAGAAACAAGACAACUUAGACCAGUACCCAUGGUACAACAAAAAUAUAAACAGAAGUAAAGCAGAACAACUUCUUAAAAUUGAAAAUAAAGAAGGUGGGUUCAUUGUUAGGAAUUCCAGUCAAGCUGGCUUGUAUACUGUAUCACUCUAUACAAAAAAUGCAGGGGACGGUUCCUCAUCAAUCCGCCAUUAUCACAUUAAGGAGACGGGGACGUUCCCCAAGCAAUAUUACCUGGCAGAGAAGCACGUCUUCAACUCUAUUCCUGAAAUGAUUGACUAUCACAAGCACAAUGCAGCAGGUCUAGUUACCAGAUUACGUCACCAGGUAUUCCAAAAAGAUAAGGUGGCACCCACAACAGCGGGAUUUAGCUACGAUAAGUGGGAAAUAAACCCUUCUGACCUUACCUUCAUGAAGGAGCUUGGAAGUGGUCUGUUUGGUGUGGUUCGUCUUGGGAAGUGGCGAGCACAGUACAAAGUGGCCAUCAAAGCCAUUCGAGAGGGUGCCAUGUCUGAAGAGGAUUUCAUAGAGGAAGCUAAAGUUAUGAUGAAACUAGCUCACCCUAAGCUGGUCCAGCUGUAUGGCGUUUGCACAGAAACGAGACCAAUUUAUAUAGUGACAGAGUUUAUGGAACAUGGCUGCCUGUUAAAUUACCUCCGUCAAAGACAUGGACAAUUUAAUCCUGACAUUCUACUCAGCAUGUGCCAGGAUGUCUGCGAGGCCAUGAACUACCUGGAAGAAAACAGUUUCUUACACCGUGACCUGGCUGCCAGAAAUUGUUUAGUCAAUGACCUUGCAGUAGUAAAGGUAUCUGACUUUGGAAUGACAAGGUAUGUCCUCGAUGAUCAAUACACAAGUUCUUGUGGAGCCAAGUUUCCAGUAAAAUGGUCGCCCCCGGAGGUGUUCAACUACAGCAGAUUCAGCAGUAAAUCGGAUGUCUGGUCUUUCGGUGUGUUAAUGUGGGAAGUAUUCACAGAGGGUAAGAUGCCCUUUGAGAGUUAUUCGAACGUGGAGGUGGUAGAAAUGGUAUCAAGAGGAGAAAGACUCUAUAGACCACGACUGGCAACAAACAAAAUAUACACUAUUAUGAUGGCAUGCUGGAAUGAGAAACCAGAAGCACGUCCCAGAUUUUAUGACCUGUUGAUUCAUAUAGGACAAAUCCUUGAAGGAGAUGUGUGAUGAACAUUACAGUACUGGACACUGUCAUUGGAGAUGUUAGGAAGUGAUCUGAACUGUUGGACACGUCUGCCAUCCCUACAUGACUUAUUUUCCUGUGUUUGCACACUACGUGUUUUAAAGAUUACAGAUUAUCCCACCUCAUGUUCAGUACCCAUGAUAUUGUGAAAACCAUGGAUUUAGAUUUUGGAUAUAUGUUCAUGCUUCUGGACUUCCUGGAAAAGUUAUCAGUGAGCAGGAUUGAAUGGAUUAAAUCUGCACUAUAACAGCAACCACAUCUUGCAACAAAUAACAAGUAGUAUAUAGUGAAAAUACACUAUAGAGCCUAGAGAAUAGUAUGUGGACACAGUGGCAUAGUGUUGGCAGAACCCGGGAACCCUGGUCAGACAGAAGUCAGCCGAACCUGGGUUCAGCCAACUGCCUAAUGCAUAUGGCGACCUCCUGAUUCUCCAUUGACAGUCUUUGUCUGUGAAGAGAAGGGUUGGACAUGUUAAAUUACAACUGCCGAACCCUUUUGUUAUGGGAGAGAUAAGCCAUCACCACACAUAAAUAUUCUACAAAUAGAGAUAAACAGGUAUCCGCACUCACCGCGAAGAAACAGCAGACCGACUCUCCUGGACUCUAGGAUAUACCUGGCAUCAAGCUGGUAGCAGGGCGCUCAGAGUGGAGGCGACUUCCGGCAAAGUUUCGUGCAAGAUGUGCUUCUUCCGGC